AUGAAAGACAAUCAACAAGACAACUGUAUCGGACCUGAGUCGCACUCACCACUAAGCAGUAAAUUAGGUACAACACUUUGCGAAUAUAAGUUCCCGGCUUAUACAGAACCUUCCUCACAGCAAUGGCGGUCUCUUCAUUCUGAAAAUGCGCUGGGGAACAGCUUGGAAGCUCGAAUGGAUGCUGGACACGAAAAAGAGUAUGGUCCUAUUUGGAAUCCCGGAUAUCAGUCCCUAGAAAAAAAUGAUACGCCCUGGUGGCAUAAUCAACACCGUUAUACUAGAAGAUCAGUCAGCUCGGCUGCCAACCCUCAAUUCAAGAAAAUUACUGUCCAAUCCCCACAUUAUUCAAACGAUGUUGUCCCCCAAAGCCCUGCGCUAAUGUCAAGCAGGGCUAACAGCUUGUUUUCCGUGAUGACGGAAAGCAGCAAGAGCGAUCACUCUUCUCCGACAGCUUAUAAGCCAACACACAGACGCAGUAGCGCCAUAUCGCUGGAUAAAGACUGCAUCCGGAGAUCGGGGAUCUUAAAAAGUUCAGGCAAAGGUUCUGGUUUGGAUCGGAAAUCCGAUAGACUCGUUAGCGGCUUUCAUGGUAGAAGCGGCUCCUCUACUUGUGAAGCACCCUUCAAGAUUAUUGCGCCAUCGUCAGGAAAUCUCAGAAGGAAGUCCGAACCACACUUUAUAACGGAUUUCGAGCAGUUUCAGCGUGCCUACGAUAGGUUGAUCCCGAUUCCCGCAAAUGUUCAUGAAUCCAAUAGGAUUUCUUUCUCUACUACAAACAAUGAUGUUUUAGGGCCAGUUAGCUUGGCACCGUACUCCUGUUUACAAAAUUCAUCACCAAAGGAAGGCCAAAUUCACGAAGCUCUGUUGCCUCCUAUAGAAUUUUCAGAUUCGUCUUCGCGUGCAGAUGAAGAGCUUCCGAAGAAAGAUGGCGAUGAGCUUCUUUCACUGAAAGAGUUUCUAGAAAGCACUCCAUAG